GUCAUCGCGCAGGAAUUGCGCGGAGGGCAGGCAGGGCUGUGAAGAUGGCGGACCGUCCAGUUCCAAUCACAGAGAAGCGGCUGAUGGAUGUGAAGCUUGGGGAGCUCUCCCGCUGGGUGGUUGCCCGGGAUUUCACUCCCAAUGGCAUUCUGGGUGCUUUCCGGCGAGGCCAUGAUCGAUACUACAACAAGUAUAUCAACGUGAAACGAGGAGGCAUUGGUGGGGUUGCCAUGUUGCUGGCUGGUUAUGUUAUCGUCAGUUACAUCUGGGAGUAUGAUCACCUGAAGCACGAACGUUGGAGGAAGUACCACUGAAUCACUGGUGAACCCCAGGCCUUUCCGCUCGCUGUAUUUAUGGAGCUGUCAACAAACAAGCCUUUGAGUUGUAAUCAUGGAAAAUAAACUAAUGGCUGGUUUGAA